CCAAAUCAAUACCGACCGAAAUUCCGAUACUGGUUACCUGAUGCAUCUGUUACCCAUGAUUCCGUUCAAAACGAUGUUCGUCAAAUUGCCGCUGUGGGAGGUGGUGGACUUGAGUUCCUACCUUUCUACAACUACGGGCUGGGACCUGCGUUUACCGACUGGUCUAUAUAUGGAUUUGGUACAGACGAUUUUAACAAACUGUUCCAAGCAGCCCUGGAUACGGCGUCUACGUUUCAGCUAGCCUUCGAUUUUGCCUUAGGUCCCAACCAAGGCGCUGGAGUGCCAUCAGAGGUUGAGACUCCCGGCCUAGCCAAGACGCUUGUGUACGGGAGUACCAAGAUUGAAUCAGGAGCUACUUUCUCCGGCGAGAUCCCUGAGCCUGUUGUCAACUACAACUUCCUCCCGGGGUUUAUGAACCCACCAGAGCCGUGGGGAUCAAACGAGCUGCUAGCUGUCGUUGCUGGAAAAACCGUCUCGGAAGGCGGUUUCGCGGAUGGUCCAUACGGCUCUAGGAUUCCCUACACGGUUUUGGAUCAUGACUCUUUAGUUGAGUUGACUAACAUUACGGACUAUGGCACUUUGACAUGGACAGCUCCAGAUGGUAACGGAACAUGGGUCCUAUUUGCCGUAUAUGAGCGUUAUACAAACCAGCGGAGCUGCGUAUCAGUUGCAAAUGCCACGACCGCACUCGGCAAUGGUUCUUGGAUAGUAGAUCACUGGAGUGCCAACGGCGCAAAGAAGACGACGGAUUUUUGGGAUCAGCACAUUCUGUCUGUCCCUGAGAUAGCUAGACUCAUGCAAAGAGUCACCAGCUACGCUUGGGAGGAUAGUAUGGAAAUCCAAGCCGCUCUUCCAUGGACACCAAAUCUUCCCUCGCAUUUCGAACGGAUCCAUGGAUAUAGUAUCAACAAGUACCUCCCAGUUCUGUUUCACGGAACGAACGCAUGGCAGGCAUUGUGGCCCGCUUACAACAUGACAUACACGCUUGGCGAGUAUUUCACAGACGGCGGGCCUUACGUCCAAGACUACAAGCUUGCUCUUAGUGAAGGCUAUGUAGAAUACAUUGACCACUAUGCUAGAUGGGCAUCAAGCAAAGGACUCCAGUUGUCUAAUCAACCUGGCUAUAACCAACCUGUCGACAUGGUGGGAGCGAUACCACAUGUCCAAGUACCUGAACUCGAGUCCCUUGGUUUUGAGGAGGAGAUAGAUCUCUACCGGCAGUUCGUAGGCCCGGCUCAUCUAUCGGGUCGAAAUGUCAUCUCUACUGAAAUCGGCGCCAUUAAUGGAGGAGCAUACACUCUUCGGGUCCCCAAACUGAAAAACCUUUUCGAUCAAUCGUACGCAGCAGGUGUCAACACAAUGGCUAUCCAUGGCUAUGCAUACAGUGGUGAAUACAUCAAGACUACAUGGCCUGGAUACACGCCUUUCCAAUAUUCGUACACUGAAAUGUGGAAUCAAAGGCAACCAGCAUGGCAGCAUCUUGAUGAUCUAUUUACCUAUUCAGCGAGGAACAGCCUGAUCAUGCAAUCCGGCACACCCAAGGUGGACCUCGCUCUGUACUAUUAUCAGGCUCCCUACAAGUUUGCAGAUAUGUAUUCCACGUCUGAAGCAAACGAAUACGGACACACAUACGAGUACUUAGGGCCAAAGAACUUGGUUUCUGAGCAAGCUGCGGUUGUUGAUGGAGUUCUUGCUCCCGAGGGACCAGCUUACAAGGCUCUACUCAUUUACAAUCAGACACAGAUUACGCCAGAUGCGUCUGCAGCGUUGUUGGAUUUCGCGCAAAACGGACUACCCAUAUAUAUCGUGGGUACAAUUCCCAACACCACGAUUGGAUCUACCGGGCAACAACAUGUCUCAGAAAAUAUCAAUGAGCUACUGCAGUACAGGAAUGUGCGCGUUUUCGAGGCCAAGAACUUUUCCACAUCCCAACUUGCUGCAGAUGGGGUACAUGCUCGCGCUCAGGUGGAAGGUACUACCAACGCGUCGGACCUGUUUACGUUUUGGACGUCUGACACCACGUCACGCUCUGAGUACGUCUAUCUUUACAACCAAGGAGCAGAGGGAGUAUUCAACAUCGCAUUUGAUGUUGGGAAAGAUUUGGUGCCCCAAAUCUUGGAUUCAUGGACUGGUUUCGAGGUCUCAUCGGCAGUGUUCCAAAGAACCUCUUCUGGCGUCCGGAUGGCCAUCCAACUACAAUCCCACCAGACAGUCAUAGUUGCGCUCAAGGCUACUGUCCCAGCACAAAGUGGGAGAAACGUAGUCAGUCAUUCUUCUAAUGUGAAGAACGUUUAUUUCACAAAAGACAACCACCUGGAGGUAUUGAUUUCCGACAGUUUGUCAGCAUCAUUAUCCUUGAGCAACGGCGAAAACAUCAAUCUUCCCGAAUCCAACACACAAAGUCCAGGAGCCACGACACUAGGUCCCUGGAAUCUUACAGUUCAAGCUUAUGGGCCUAUGCUUGAUCACGCUACAGUCGAUCCUAAUAUCACAACGAUCAAUGUAGGCAUGCUUCCUCAACUAGCACCAUGGACAAAAAUUCCGGGCAUCGAACAUGUCAGUGGUAUCGGAACAUACAGCACGAACUUCAACGUCUCCACAGACAACUCUACAUCCAUCAUGCUAGACUUUGGCCCCGUUCUUCACACCGUCAAGGCAUGGCUGAACGGCAAAAAAGUCCCCGCCAUCGACCCGACGAAUCCCAUCGUUGAAAUUUUGAAACUGGUUCAAAAUGGCAACAACUUCAUGAAGGUGGAAGUGACGACAUCCCUGUUCAACUCUGUGAAAGAAAACAUCGACAAUGUCUUGAGCAUUGGAUUUGGUCCGACGAACAAAACUUUCUACACGAGCCAGGAUUGGCACAAGUUUGGACUUGUGGGACCGGUACAGUUGAGAACUUACCGGAAGAUGGAGGUUGAGCUAUCGUAG